CAUUUACGGACAGCAUCAGUAUAUUGAAAACUACAUGAGAAUUUACAGAAGUGCAAGAGCUGAGUCUACAAUAAACUGCAUAGCAAUAAAUUUCCAGAAAUCUCAUAUCAGCAAUGUCAUGCCUUAACAUGGACAUGCGGUUGUUGACCUUAAUUCUUUUGUGGUUUGUGUGCAGUGGCCAAGCAGCGCCAAUUAUGGAGGAGAAUGCAGUGAUUGCCGCAGAGUCAGAAUCCGCCAACAAUCCAACAACCACUUUGCCGCAAAUAUCUACGUCCGAUAUAAUAAGUUCCAACAGUGAGUCUGAGCCGAACUUCCAAAUGGCCGACAAGCAAGAUAUAAAUGUAGCUGCAGGUAAUGCAGUUGAUGAGGAGGCCGCUGCAGCCGAGCGCAUGGCCACUGCCAUUGUGGCACCGCUGACGCACAUCGCGCAUAUCACUUACGACUCGGAGCCGGCGACGCACAAACCCAAUGAGGACAAGCCGCUCUUCCAUCGCGAAUCGCACGAUGAGUUGAUUGCGUUGUAAAGUUUGAAAAUCUAAAUUACAUAA